UCUGUCAGAAAACUAAAAAACAAUAUGGUGGUUGCCGAAGGAAUAAUAAUAUCAAAAAAUUGAGAUCACUAAACAUGUUGUGAUGAACGGGAUGCUGCCGUCGUUCACACCCCCAGUGGUUAAACGACUUUUGGGCUGGAAGAAAGGUACAGACGCAGAUGACAAGUGGUGCGAGAAAGCAGUCAAAAGUUUGGUGAAAAAAUUAAAGAAAUCUGGAGCCUUGGAAGAGCUCGAGCGAGCUAUUUCCUCGCAGAAUCCCAACACCAAAUGUGUAACUAUUCCAAGAGUUCGCCCUAAUGCAGAAUUAGGCAACCUUCAACAACAACGUAAAGGUUUACCUCAUGUAAUUUAUGGUCGCCUCUGGAGAUGGCCAGAACUACAGUCCCACCAUGAGUUGAGAUCUCUGGAUCACUGUGAAUAUGGCUAUAUAUUGAAAAAGGAUGAAGUCUGCAUAAAUCCUUAUCAUUAUACCAGAAUUGAGAGUCCAGCUCUACCUGCUAUUCUAGUACCUCGUCACACAUUAGGUGAUGAGAACAAUAUUUAUGCACAUUCACUAGAUGAUCUGAGCACUUCUGUACCAGAAAAUACUUCAUUUCCUCAUAACCCAAAUAGCUUAGGUUUACAUCUUCAACAUCCCACAAGUUACAUGGAUGUGGGAAUAUGUCCUUCAACCAAUAUGGAAUCACCUCAUAGCAUAGCACCCCCAACAGAAACUCCACCCCCAGGGUACAUGUCAGAGGAUGGUGAUCCCCUUGAUCCCAAUGAUAAUAUGAGUAUGUCACGGAUAACACCCAGUCCACCUGUUGAUGCUCAGCCAGUGUUGUACUGUGAACCUGCCUUUUGGUGCAGUAUCAGUUACUAUGAGCUGAACACUAGAGUUGGGGAGACUUUCCAUGCUAGCCAACCCUCCAUUACUGUGGAUGGGUUCACUGAUCCCAGUAACUCAGAAAGGUUUUGUUUGGGUUUGUUAUCAAACGUAAAUCGUAACACAGUGGUGGAGCAGACUAGAAGACACAUAGGAAAGGGAGUUAGACUGUAUUAUAUAGGUGGAGAGGUUUUUGCAGAAUGUUUGAGUGACUCCAGCAUUUUUGUACAAUCACCAAACUGUAACCAGAGAUAUGGUUGGCAUCCUGCUACAGUUUGCAAAAUACCUCCAAGUUGUAAUUUGAAAAUAUUCAACAAUCAGGAAUUUGCUGCACUGCUCUCACAAUCUGUGAGUCAAGGAUUCGAAGCUGUUUAUCAGCUGACGAGAAUGUGUACAAUAAGGAUGUCAUUUGUAAAAGGAUGGGGUGCAGAAUACAGGAGACAGACAGUGACAUCGACACCAUGUUGGAUAGAGCUCCACCUCAAUGGGCCUCUGCAGUGGCUGGACCGCGUGCUAACCCAAAUGGGCUCUCCCAGACUACCCUGUAGUUCGAUGUCGUAAAUUGCUCCCGUUUCUCCCUUCAAGUCCCAUCCUGUGUAUUUUUAUACAUGACCGGAUACCUUUUGAAAUGAGACGUUCCUCCUCAUUAGGAACGCCUUGUAUACAUUGCUACGAUUUUGUGCUUGAUCAUUGGAAUAAUCAUCAAAAUACUUUGAUUUCUUUGGUCAUCAUGGUGUUCAAGACCAAAAUCAUAGAGUUCAUAGAUCGCCUGUACCUUUAUUGUCAGAUUUGAGAUUUUAUGAAUUGAUAAUUUUUUGCAUGUUGGUUGAAACAUUUUUCAGAGUUGUAAGGGUAAAGUGUACAACGUUUUUUACUAUAGUUGGAUAGUAACUUAACUUUUAUGUUGAAUUUAGAGCUUUAUCUUUAUGAUUAUAUACCUUGUUUUUGGUCAAUCACUUUUUUGUUAUGGCUAGUUUUGCUAAACGCUUCCAUGUUAGAACUUUGUGGUGAUAUUGUCCACUGGAAUUGUUAUCAAUUAUUUAAAUCAGCAAUAAUGAUAGACAUGUUGAUGUCCUUUACCAUUGUUUUGACCAUUUCAAGAAAAUUAUACAUGUGUGAUAUAUCAACUUGCACUAUUUUCUUUUUUGUAAAUUAUUUGUAGUUACUGAGUGCAUUUCUUCUACUUUUAAGCUUGUACCUUCAUCAGUUCAUGUUGACAGUUUGUAUUUACUUAUAUACAUCAUUUUAAUUAUUGUAUAGACAUAGUUUUUAUCAAGGCAACUACCAAAUUGGAUGUAUUUCACUUUGAAGAAUAUAUAGCCGUUAAUUU